AUGAAGAGAACGAUCGAUGAUGUAGAAGAGCCACAAGCUUCUACCACUCCACAACAGAAUGCUCCUGUCCGAUCUUCAAUGGACAACAUUCAAACUCAGCAAUACCUGAUGAGAAGUUUAACGGAGCCUGUUUACUAUCAGAGACAAGCAUAUGCAGCUCAUGCUCGACGGAUGUAUUUACAGUUUGGAGUUGGAAUCAUAUUCCUGAUUACCAUAGCCGUCUCCGUAUUGUGUGUUUUUGUUUUUGUCUUCUGCGUCAGGUUCAAGUUCACAAGUAACACUUGA